UCUUGAUAUUUUUUAGAAUAAUCAGAUUGAAAACCUUUUUUCUUGAUCCUCAAAUUUUCUUGAACGCAUCUCUUUUGAAUCGUCUUGAACUCAAGAAUGUCAUCCAACAUUUUUGAAGUUAUCGGAGCGUCAUAAUAAAUUUUUAUAAACAUUAUUUUCUCAAGCAUUGUGUGAUACUAUUAAUUUAAUUUAUAAAUGAGUGUUAUUUACAUGAUUUUGAUACCGUAAGAAGAGUAAAUGAUUACGAGUAAUGGUGGUGCUGUUACGCCGAUAGUGCUGAGCGAAGAGUUGUUAUGUGCUACAUAUGCAGCUGCUUCGCAUGGGGUCUAGACCUUGUACAAAGGUUGAUCACCUUCGGGUUAGCUUGCAUUCUCUCCUGCGCCAUAUUCUUCGGCUUGACAAUCGCCAUCAUCGCCGGCAUCGCCUAUGGGUAUAACUACUCUAUGGCCGAGUUUAUUACGUUCACACGGUCUGACGUGACCGUGUUCAUGCGUCGCGGACAGUUCGGAGACAAACCGGAUCUCGGGCAACGGUUUAGGAGAACUGGAGAAGAAGACUUAUUCACUUCGAACGCCACCAACGAUUACGAGGACCAGCGGCCUCGGUCGGAGAGCAAGCCGCUCGCCGACACGUGGCUGAAGUCCCAGGACACGAGGAAGUACGCCGAGAUCCUCACAAGAUACUCCCCCAGAAAGGGGGACAUGCUGGAGCAGCCGGGAGUGCAGGAGCCCACGAGAGUACUACCCACUGACAGUAAUGAAGGAGAACAGGAACAAACGGAAGGGCGCUACAGACCGACGGAGUCUUCCAUCAUAUCGAUCGUACCAAACCCGCUGAUACCCACUGUGUCUUGGCGCAGUGGCUCCUCAGAGAUCAUGAUGAGAAACUUCAAGCCCAUGCAAGACUUCACUUCGAUCAACAGAGGGACAGAACUACCAGACACCCUGUUCCCGCCCGUCGACCAAGAUGGAUCGAAGUCGAUUAACAUAAUUAAUCCCAAAGAAAUGGCAAAGGGAUCCGUCGACGAUAAACUACGAGAUGAUUUUCAUAAAAGCUAUGUACCAAUGCGUGUGUGGGGGACUACCACACGUCCUGUCAUCUCCGACGAAGUCAACGAUGACGUGGACGAGGACAACAUCGUAUACAAACCCGUGUAGAUACCGCGCAUGCGCGAAAAUACGGUCUUAUUGUUACACAUGAGUAAAAUACUUCUGAGUGUAGAAAGAAGUUUUUUUUUCAGAAAAACACUUUAACUGGGGAACAUUGUUUUAUUAUAUUACACGUAUACCUAACAUUCAUGGA